AUGCCUGAAAUCGCGAGCAGUCCAACGCCAGUUGGCUCUUUUGUCUUCUCGUCCUUCGCCCUGCUGCUGGUGUCGCUGGCAGUCCUCCUCAUCUUGCGCCACUAUCUCCCUCUCCGAACCACGCCGGCCUUCUACACCGUGCCCAUCUUCUUCGCCCUGUGGCUACCGUCGAUUCUCGUUCUCCUAGUUCCGAUAGAUCUCGCUUCAAGCGCCAUCACCGACGAUGUGGCUUCGCGGGGCAUCUGGCUUCCUCAGCGCGUGGUCCUGGUGCUGUGGCGGAUCACAUACUGGCUGACAUUCUGCUUGACAUGGUUCAUCCUCCCUAUCCUUGCCGAAUACUCCGACACUGGCUACCGGGAGCCCCAUGACAGGCUCAUGUACUCUCUCCGUGCCAACGCGCAAUUCUAUGCCAUGAUCCUGGGAGCUGGCAUCAUCGGCCUGGUUUAUAUAUUCGCCUCCUACGAGUUCUCCUUUGAGGCUCUCAAAGCGCUCAUCAUGGCUCUUUCUUACUGCUGGGGUCUCAUUCUUGCCAUCUACCUGAUGGGCCACGGACUGGUUGCCAUACCACGACACCUCCUCCGAAGCGGAAGUAUUAGCGGCAGACUACGGCGUUUACAGAUACAAGCACCUAGGGUGUAUGAGAAGAUGGAGGACUCUCUCACCGGUGUCGAGGAGGUUGAGCAGCAGGUUUCAGAGCUCGGCCGUCGGAAAACCGGAAGCGCCGCCGCCUUCCAGGAUUGGAUUGAAGAGCUCCAGGAGAUUGCCAAUAUUCCCGAGUCACAGCCUCGAUCAGGGCUUCUUGACUCAACGGCAUCUGCCCAAGCAGUCCCGCAUGUCAUUACCGAAAAGUAUUUGGCCGACUUGACACGGAAACUCAUACGAGCACGGCAUUCACGAUCGCAAUAUGUUGGGGAGUGGAAUCGAUUGGUGCAAGAGGCUGCCAACCUUCAAACGAUCCUGGACUCGGUCGCCUCCCAGAAACUAGAUUUUGGCGAUGUUUCCCCCCACGCGGAAUUCUGGGACAGGGUAAAGAUACUCACGCCGUAUUCUCGAUUCGUUUGCUAUUAUUACGUCCUUCCUUAUACCCGAAUGGCCCUUGGCGGGCUGUUGGCUCUGGCGUCUGCCUGCAUUGUCUGGUCAGAAAUUGUCAAGUUCCCCUUCCCUAAGCUGUCCAUUAUUCGUGUCGGCGUGGUCCAUCACUGGGUUGGCGACAAGGCCCAGGUUGGAUUCGCGGGGCAGGCCAUUUCGGCUUUUUGGAUCUGCUACAUGUGCGCCGCUGCUCUGUCGUCCAUGACCGGGAUCAAGGUAUGGCGCGGACGAGCUCUUGUCAGGCGAAACACCGGACACGAAGCAGCAUUCUGGUUCGCAGGGCAAGUGGCAAAGCUCAGUGUCCCGCUGUCAUACAAUUUCCUCACCUUCUUGUCCGCCGAAGUCUAUCAGAAGACCAUUUUCUACAACUUCCUUGGGCAGUAUGUCGAUGUUACGCCGUUGGGAAAGUGGUUCGACAACCUCUUCCCCAUUGCCCUCGUGGUGCCUGUCCUGGCUGCCACUUUCGGGCUGUACGGCAAGGUCAAGCGGAUAUUCACAGGCGUGGACAUUAUCGAGGACGAGGAAGAUAACCCUAGUGGAUAUGGCACCGGCAACUGGCGCGAAGGCCGUGAUCUCAUCGCUAGAGAAUUAGGGGGCGCAACCCAACGACGCAGCGGCGCCGCAGCUAGUGGGGCUUCGAGUCGAGCAGCUCCCAUUCUCUCCAUUCCCGCCAUCCAAGAUUCGGCUGCCACGCCAUCGAGAUCGCCACUGCGAUCCCCUGUCAGCAACAACCGUAGACUCGGCCAAACACAGUCCCGAUUCACCGACGAACCGCCCGAGGAUGACAACAUCUUUACGAUUAUUGGACAUCGUAUGAAGAAUACUGUCGAUUCUUUCGAGACGCCACAGUGGUUUUCGGAUCUCGGACAGGGCAUCAAGAAGCCCAAGUGGAUGGGAGGAAACGAUGAUCAGCCAGCCAACGCUGGUAGUGGGAGCAAUAACAACGAUAGCGGGACCGAUAUAAGGAGAUGGUUCGGAGGAAGCAGUGGCGAUAGCCAUAUCCGCAUUUGA